AUGGGGGUUCCGGAAGAUAACAUCGAAGGCCUCGAACGCCAGCGCCUCGAACUCGAAAGCAACGUCCUACAGCUGCAGCAGUCUCUUUACCACUGGAGGGAAUGGGAAGCGGAGUACGAAGGCCUAAAGGAAGAUAUUGUCGACUUAGAAGAUGAUGCUACAACAAACGAUCUUUUACGAGUCAGUCGUAAUUCUGGCGGGAGGCUCGUCACCGAAGAUGAAUUUCGGGUGAUCAUCGGCGAGAAACAAGGGCUCAAGCGGACAAAGACACAAGUCGUGGACCUUAUUUCGAGACGAAUCGACUACGUGAGGGAUAAUGUUGCAUCAAUGGAAAAAAGACUACGAGUUGCUGAAAAUCGGCUGCGAGCUUUAGAUACUGUCGAACAGCAACACCCUGAGUCAACGGCUGAUUUUCCGAUGAAAGAGAUUAUCGAGGAGCUUGACGAAGAUGGGGAAAUUAUCUCAAGCAAAACUACAACACCGGGGAAUCAGGCGUCUGAUCUUUUGGAUAUCUUAAAGAAGGCCGGCGUUCAAGACAUACCGGACACUCCGAAGCCAUAUGACUCCGCACCUGGCGACUCGUCAUCGUCAGAGCCUACGUUGGAGGAUCAUCCUGUAAAAGCUGAAGAACAUAAGCAGUACGCGCAGCCGAUGACCGGACUGGAGCCCGCGUCAUCUGAUAACAACGGCACCUCGACGGUGCAGGCAUCUGGCGGUGCGAAUGAUCCAACAGGACCCAAGACCGAAAUUCCAGUUGUGGAUAUUGACGAGUCUCCGGAGGAUACCAAACUCCGCCGGGAAAUGUUGCAAUAUGGUCUUGACGAAGUCGGCGCGGUUGUCGCCGAGCUUGAGUUGGAUGAAGAUGCAGAUGACAUCUCCGUCGAUGAUGGGUACGAUUCAUACACAUUUGACGAUGAAGAAGAGGAAGAGGAGGAGGACGAACACGGACGUACUAUCCGACCUGUAUUGGACGAAAACUACCACCAGCAGAUGCGUGAUUUAGAAGCGAAAUUGAAUGCUCGGGGAAUGUGGAACGUCGGAAAAGACACUACUUCACUCCCUGUAGAUGUGAAAGACGACCUGGAAGAGGCAUGCAAGGUCAAAAUUGAGAAAACCCCGGACUCGAACAGUGAACCAGGCCCAAAGGCGAAGCCGAAGAAGAAGGUUGCCUUUGCGGAUGAUCUUGAUAUUGCUCCAGCUCCCCAACCCCCGGCUCCAGAAACAAGGAAGGUUGCAACUCGAGAGAGCGACGUCCCUGUUUUGUCAGACUCCAUUGUCGAACGUACGCAGCCUAUUGAGAAAGGCGCGGCCGAUGCACCCGUUCCAAAGAAGACCUCCCGUUUUAAGACCGCACGCGGUAUGGCAGGAGCCAUCGGCGAUUCAAAUCCGGACGCGUCCUCUGUUGGUGGUUCACGCACUAAGUCCUCUUCUCAGCGUAAAACUGCACCGCUCGCACCGACUCCAUCAAUGCCGUUAUUUCCUGCCAAACCUGUGGAGCUAAAGCCUUUCUCCCAACCCAUAUCAGAUGUCACGGAAAAGUCACCGGGUUCUACUAAAAAUAAAGGGAAGAUCCUUGCAGAUACGCUCAUGGAGCGUGACAUCUCUGAAGGAACCGCUGCAGCCCCAGAGCCCGAUGAGCUAGACGAAGAGCUACACCGCAAGGAGAUUGCCACCGAAUUCCACAGAAUGAAGAACAAAAUGGUCAAACAAAACGGCGGCUCCCUUGAAGACGAAGAGCCAGAAAUGGUACCCGUCGAAACUCAAGAAGCCCCCACGCGAAUCAGCAAAUUCCGGGCCGCCCGGAUGAGCUAG